AUGCGGGCCCUACUGUGCCUGGUCAUCUUCCCAGCUGCUUCCAGGGAUACAGAACCUUCGAUAGCUCCCAAAAGCCCAGGGGACCAACCCAAGGCCUCUGCCUCUCACUACCUGGCAGAGGGCCUAGCCCGCCCCCUUGAUCACCAAAUCUCCUCUGAACCUCCCUCGCGGCAGCCAGACCUGGGGCCAUGCCGGGGAAAUGGGGGUGAAGGCAUGGAGGAGGCUCAGUAUCUGCAUUGCAAGCGGCUGCUGCUCAGAGGCCCCAGGCUCUCAGAGGUGACAGGAGGUGACAGCGGUGUAAACCCUGCUACAGCACAGAUGUUGCCUCAGCAGAGGGCCCUGCCACCCUGCGACCUGCCUGGCUCCCUUCCACCACGUGACAGCUGGUUCAGCCCUGAGGGUGCACCCAGCUCCUCUGCCAACCUGGACCAGGAGGUGGGUCAGACCAUGCUGUUAGCCUGUCACCCCACCCCACCCCCACCUGGAUUUGGCUUCAGACUGGCAAUGGUGCCCGCCAAGGACAGCUGUCAGUAUCUGGCACAGCAAGCGGGCCCUGGCCCCGGCGCUUCGGAGCGGGUGACGCUCAAGAAGGAGAUCGGGCUGCUGAGCGCCUGCACCAUUAUCAUCGGUAACAUCAUCGGCUCGGGCAUCUUCAUCUCACCCAAGGGCGUCCUGGAGCACUCAGGCUCUGUGGGCCUGGCCCUCUUCGUCUGGGUCCUGGGUGGGGGUGUGACUGCUCUGGGCUCCCUCUGCUAUGCAGAGCUGGGAGUUGCCAUCCCCAAGUCCGGUGGGGACUACUCCUACGUCACAGAGAUCUUCGGGGGCCUGGCUGGCUUCCUGCUGCUCUGGAGCGCCGUGCUCAUCAUGUACCCCACCAGCCUGGCUGUCAUCUCCAUGACCUUCUCCAACUACGUGCUGCAGCCCGUGUUCCCCAACUGCAUCCCCCCAGCCGCCGCCUCCCGGGUGCUCUCCAUGGCUUGUCUGAUGCUGCUGACAUGGGUGAACAGCUCCAGCGUGCGCUGGGCCACGCGCAUCCAGGACGUGUUCACGGGCGGGAAGCUCCUGGCCUUGUCGCUCAUCAUCGGCGUGGGCUUUGUCCAGAUCUUCCAAGGACACUUUGAGGAGCUGAGGCCCAGCAAUGCUUUCGCCUUCUGGAUGACGCCCUCCGUGGGUCACUUGGCCCUGGCCUUCCUACAAGGCUCCUUUGCCUUCAGCGGCUGGAACUUCCUUAACUAUGUCACCGAAGAGCUGGUGGACCCUCGAAAGAACCUACCUCGUGCCAUCUUCAUUUCCAUCCCGCUGGUGACCUUCGUGUACACGUUCACCAACAUCGCCUACUUCACGGCCAUGUCCCCCCAGGAGCUGCUGUCCUCUAAUGCAGUGGCCGUGACCUUCGGGGAGAAGCUGCUGGGCUACUUCUCUUGGGUCAUGCCUGUGUCCGUGGCACUUUCCACCUUCGGAGGGAUCAACGGCUACCUGUUCACCUCCUCCAGGCUCUGCUUCUCUGGAGCCCGAGAGGGGCACCUGCCCAGCCUUCUGGCCAUGAUCCACGUCAGGCGCUGCACACCCAUCCCUGCCCUUCUCGUCUGCUGUGGGGCCACGGCGGUCAUCAUGCUUGUGGGAGACACAUACACGCUCAUCAACUACGUGUCCUUCAUCAACUACCUCUGCUAUGGCGUCACCAUCCUGGGCCUGCUCGUGCUGCGCUGGAGGCGGCCGGCGCUCCACAGGCCGAUCAAGGUGAACCUUCUUGUCCCCAUCACGUACUUGGUCUUCUGGGCCUUCUUGCUGGUCUUCAGCUUCAUCUCGGAGCCCAUGGUCUGUGGGGUUGGCGUCAUUAUCAUCCUCACAGGGGUGCCCAUUUUCUUCCUGGGAGUGUUCUGGAGAAGCAAACCAAAGUGUGUGCACAGACUCACAGAGUCCAUGACCCGCUGGGGCCAGGAGCUGUGUUUCGUGGUCUACCCCCAGGACUCUCCCGAGGAGGAAGAAAAGGGCCCCUUUCAGCCCUCCCCUCUGCCCACCAUGGACAAGCCCUUGAAGACACAAUGAGACAUUUGUAGAGACUAAGCCGCUCUUUCUGUUUAC